GAUUAGGAGAGUAUGGGGGAAAACUAAUUCAUUCCCUUAGCUUAUCAAUCGGUUCAAAUCCCGAACUUCCAUUCCAUCAAUUACUAUUUCAUCAAGAAAAAGAAGCUAACAUUCUGAAAUGGAAAAAAACUCUGAUGAAAAGAACAACAAUUCAGAUACAAAUGAAAACAAAAAUGCACAAAUCAAUGGCGAUCAAGAAAAUGGUCAUGAAUUACCCGACACCAUUCAACAUUUCAUUAAAAUCAUCGAAUCUAGAAUCGCCAGGUCCGGCGAGAUGCGGACCAAGAUGGGUAGAAUGACGGAGGAGGAUUCGUUCUUCUAUGAGGCUGUAAUGCGGUUAUCGACAUUUAUCAGAUCCGCGGAGGAUAAGAAUAAACAAUCAGCUGAUAUGAAACAAUCCUCGCCGACAGAAAUGAUUCUGCAACGAGCCGCGACGUUCAUGGAAGAAGAAUUACGUGUCCUGUUGGAAGAAUCGGGCCACAACGACGAUGGUGCAACCGGAGGAGAAGAUGCAUAUGAGCCGUUCUCGCCCGAGGUUGUCACGAGAAUGAACCGGAUUGCCACUGUGAUGAUAUCGGGUGGUUACGAGACCGAGUGCUGCCAGGUGUAUUCGAUUUGUCGACAUAACGCUUUCUUGAAAGACAUGAGAAGGUUAGGGUAUGAGAAAAUAGAAUCGGAAGAUAUCGAGAAGAUGAGUUGGGAUUCUCUAGAAGGUGAGAUCACACGAUGGGUGAGAGUAGUGAAAAGUUGCUAUCAAGUUCUUUUCAUAGAAGAAAGACGGCUGGCUGAAGCCGUCUUCUCCGAACAUCCCUUGAUAUCUCGAGGCUUAUUUAGAAACUUAGCCCGUGCAAUGGUGAUUCGGCUUCUAGACUUUGUUGACAUCAUUGCACAGACAAAAUGUUCUGCGGAACAAUUAUUCAAAUUCCUAGACAUGUAUGAGACAAUUCAGGGUCUAGUCCCAGCAAUCUCAGACGAAUGUCAUGUCGACUCCGAGCACGAGAUCACAUCAGAGAUACUUGUUGCCGGGGACCGGAUCGUCGAGGCCUGUGUAAAAAUCUUUUGCGACCUCGAGAACUCCAUAAAAAACGACGUCGCACGGAAUCCUGUUCCGGGCGGAGCGGUUCACCCGCUCACCCGCUACGUAAUGAAUUACUUAAUCAAUGCAUGUGACUUUAAACCAACCCUUGAGCGGAUAUUCCAAAAACAUGCAAAUUCCACCGGUGAGGGUGAAACUUCAUCAUUUUCUGCACAAUUACUCAACACCAUGGACCUUCUUGACAAAAACCUUGAAGCUAAAUCGUAUCUUUACAAGGACUUGUCACUCCGAGUCAUUUUCUUGAUGAACAACGGAAGAUAUAUCUUGCAAAAAAUCAAAGGGUCCCCAGAGAUACAUGAAGCUAUGGGCGACACUAGCUAUCGGAGGAGGUCAACAGUGGUCAGACAGUACCACAAGAAUUACCAAAGAGAAACAUGGGGGAAGGUGCUGCAAAUCCUAAAGCAUGAAGGGCUACUACAGAACGGUAAGGUAAACAAGGCGGCAUUGAAAGAAAGAUUCAAGAGUUUUAGCAACAUGAUGGAUGAAAUCCACAAAAGUCAGAGCACAUGGGUGGUCAACGACGAGCAGCUUCAGUCGGAGCUCCGGGUUUCCAUAUCGGCGGUUAUUAUUCCGGCGUACCGCGCCUUCUUAGCAAAGUUUAAACAACAUCUUGAUGGUUCAAAACACGUUGAUCGAUAUAUAAAGUAUCAGUCUGAUGAUAUUGAGACUUUGAUCGAGGGAUUAUUUGAUGGUAAUCCCACAUCAAUGAAUAAAAGCAGGAAGAAUUAGUUUAUUCAGAGCCAUAUAUUUCUUCCACUAACCAUAUAUGAUGAAACAAUUUUGAAAUACUGAACGAGUUGUGCAGAAAUUUACG